UUUUUUCCAAAGCGAGCACAUCCUACAGAAAAAGCGUCCUUUCAUUGCCCAGAGUGCCAUUCCUCCGGUCUCACAACCACGCACCAAACAUGUCGAACGAAGUCGACGAUCUCCUUGAUCACCUCGAGGGCAACCACACUGCCCUUUCGCAAAAGCCGCCAAAACCCGUGGGCAGCAACGGCAUCAGCAGCCCAUCCACGUCGCCCAACAGCUCCAACGUGGCCGUCCCGGACUUGAGUGGUCCCAAAGGCUGGUACCAUGGCAGACUCUCCCGUGGACAAACUGAAAGCUUGCUCCAGGGCAAACCCAACGGCUGCUUCCUCAUUCGUGACAGCACCUCGUCACUGGGCGACUACGUCCUGUCCGUCAGCGAGAGUGGCCGAGCAAGCCAUUACAUUGUUGCCGCUCGAGGCAAUAGCUACAUCAUUGGUGAUCAACAGUUUCGCGACCUGCCGCAUGUCAUUGAGUUUUACAAGAAGCAAGUGCUGGAUACGACCAUUCUUACACAUGCAGUAGACGUGGACAACCCGCACGGCACGUUCGGGGGCACUCCCAGUGGAGUCUUGGCCACCGUUCGUGCUACACACGAUUUCCCUGGCACAGAUCGCGAAGAUUUGCCGUUUGCGCGCGGCGAAAUUCUUCAGGUCUUGCGCAAAAACGACGAAAAUUGGUGGCAUGCGCAGAACGCUCAAGGCCGAACGGGUGCCAUUCCUUGCACUUAUGUGACCGUAAUCCAAUCAUCGACUUCGUUUGCACCGCCAGUACCAGACACACCUCGCCCGGCUUCCAACAGUAUUGGCUCCCGAGGAUCCUCUCGUUUGGAGCGCUCUCAAUCCACCAUCGGUCCCCCGGACGGCUUGACUUUCGGCAGCCGCUUGGUCCGUUCGACCUCGGACGCGCCACCACCAGGAUUUGACGCCAAUAUGAGUCGCACCGCCUCACUGCGCCGUGGCUCGACUGCCACCGACGCAAACUACAUCAAGAAAGUGGUCAAAGUUUACGACGAAAAGGGCCUGUUUAAGGCCAUUACUGUUUCUCCCGCGCUCUAUCUUUGCAAGGAUGUGCGAGAAGCCGCCAUGCAAAAGUUUGUUCUGACAGGCCCCAGGUGGAUCUUGUACGAGCAGCUCAAGGACGGAGAGCGCCUCUUGAAUGACAAUGAUAAUAUUUUGGAACUGGUCCUUGCGUGGGGCAAUCAAGAAUUCCGAUUAAUCAUCCGGCAAGCCAAGGACAAUGUUGCGAGCGGUCUUCGGUCGCCAAAGCUUCCCCAGCAGUCAGAGUUUACUCCAUCAAAACCGCUCGACCCUCGCGUGGUUGCCCAGGCGGUUGCCAUCAUGAACCGAGUCCCCAAUGCUUACGACACGUCGGCGCUCUCGUUCAGCGUUGGCGAUAUUAUUGACGUCAUUGAAAUGAGCGAUACCGGCCUAUGGAAGGGUAUCGCACACGGAAGAACUGGGCAUUUCCCCAUGACGGCUGCAAGCCUGAUUGAAGCUGGGCUCGGUGUGGGGCGGUUGCAAACAUCGUCCUCCACUGGUGACAUGAACGGGGAAUUUGAUUCAAUGCUUGAUCAGUUGAAGACGUUCUGACGCUCGACUCCCAUUUUCCUUAUUAUUGCAAGGGUCGGUCCUCUUGUGCGUCUCGCUGCUGCUUUAUCGUGUUUCAAGAAUGAACAGUUUUGCUGCUGCUUUAUCGUGUAUCAAGAAUGAACAAUGUUGCUGACUUGUGCUUGACUCGCACCCGCCAUUCAGUCGAGACUUUUCGCCAAAAACUCUCCC